UCAUGUGACUACCCACAGCAGCGUUCAGUUCUCCUGUACUGAAGAGUGAGGACUGAGCCUGUCACAGGCUCUUGCAGCUGGGCUCCUGCCAACAGUGCAAAUAAUUGACCAGCUUGUCGGAAGAUGAUGUUUAUUCCUGCUUGAAGUUGUCAUUCUGAAAACAAACGGUAGAAGAAUGUGGAAGAAUUCAAGCCUUCGCUGUGUUUUAGCACUAGCUAUUUUAUGUUUAACAAGCUUAAUAUGUAGUCAAGAGAUAGGUUCUCCAGGGGAACCACAGAAUUUGAAAUGUAUAAUGCACAAUUUACACAAAAUGGUCUGUACUUGGGAUGUCUCUUCCAAAGGAAGAUAUGGACAAACUGAUUUUUGUUAUGCCACCAGUGACCUCCCCCCUCCAGUGUGUAUUAAAACUAGGGAGAAAAGAGUAGAGAUUCCAGUCUCAGAGAGCUCCGCCACCGUGACAAUAACGACAAACAACGUUCAUGGAACUGCUUUUGCCACCAAAAAAUUUACAAUUCACAAGACAGACAUCUCGUUUGUUCCGCUCACUCCGCACAUUCUCAGUUUAACUCCUGACUUUUCGACUUCCACGUUAAAUCUGAAGUGGAGCGAUAAUGGGUCAGUCUUCCCAUAUGGACUGGAUGCUUUUUGGCAGAUUGAGAUACUCCGUAAAGAAACAAUGGAAAAAGUAACACGAGUAACUUACCAUUCAAAAUUGACGCAUGAAAACAUCCUUCUUUCUUGGAACUGGACAUCGGACAUGCCUUUGGAGUGUACAUCGCAUUAUGUGAAGAUUCGCUGUUACAUUAAUGUCACGGAUUUUGCUGGCCACAAGGACUGGAGUGACUGGAGCCCAGUAGAAAAGGUCCCUGGAAAAGAUACCGAGCCCAAUGGGAGCGGGGUUUUUCCUCAGGACACUGUGGUGGCAGUAGGUUCAGAUGUAACAAUUUGUUGUGUCCAUGAAGAAGGACAACAGAUACAACAGAUGACUUACGGAUCAGAAAUAUACCCACUGAUACGUCUGAGCAGUCGGAGCAGUGCAAUCAGGGUGCUAAAUGCCAGUGCUUCAGAUACUAGUGGGACAAAUGUAGUGUGUACACUAUACCCAGAAGAGAUGGAUGGAACUGUCUUGUUUGUAGGAUAUGCCCCUGAUACUCCCCAAAACCUCAUCUGUGAAACAUCCAACUUUCUGAUAAUAAAAUGUACCUGGAAACCAGGCAGACCCAGUGGACUAUAUGGAAAACGACGAACAAAGUACAGUUUAUUUGAAAGGAUAUCUGGUAAAAACGUUUCGUGUGAAGUAAAUGAAAUGAGCAGAGAGCGUGUCUGUGGCUUUCCGGUGCUGGCUGAUCAAAAAACGUACAGUUUCACACUAGGCGUCUCCAAUCCUAUCGGGCAAACAGAGUCCUCGCUUUUGGUUGAUUUAACUCAGAGAGUUCAUCCAAAAACUCCAGAAAAGUUAACUGCUUCUGGGAACAGUUCUACAAGUGUCCGUCUGCGUUGGUACAUAAACGGCAGCUUUAUUGAGAUCCGGCUUCUGUGUCAAAUUGAAAUUAGCAGUGGUCACGCUGAACAAAAACUGCACAACGUCUCCAUGCCCGGUGGAAAAUUCUCGACUUACACAGCUCAGCUGAACGCAUUGCACCCGUAUACCAAAUACCAGUUCAGGGUGCGCUGUUCAGCUGCUGACCACUUCUGGAAAUGGAGUGAUUGGAGUAGGGUAGAGGAACACACAACGUUGGAAGCUCCUCCUGCAAGAGGACCAGAUGUCUGGAGAGAGAGAAGUCCUUCUGGAAGAAGCCUAAAAAUCUUUUGGAAGCCAUUGUCCGUUUCUGAAGCCAAUGGAAAAAUAGUGUCUCAUGAAGUGUCAUGCUACCUGCUAGAUACACCACUGGAGUAUAAAGAAGUCACCGAACCUUCAAACAGUACUGAGAUAAAACUCGGAAAAAACGAUUGUGUAAUUAGCGUUGUAGCCAAAAAUCACGCAGGCUCGUCUCCUCCUUCGAAGAUAACGAGCGUGGAACUUCCGAGCGACAAUGUCAAAACAGAGCGGGCCGUUGCACUGGGGAACGGAAUUUAUAUUUCUUGGAAUUCUUACCCCAACGUGACCUGUGGCUACAUAGUAAAAUGGUGUCAUUCAUCUGGGUCUCAGCCCUGUAGUGUGGACUGGCAGAAAUUUCCUUCAAAUACAACAGAUGCAGUGAUAAAAUCUGUACUGUUUAGACCUGGUGUGCGAUACAACUUUUCGCUCUAUGGCUGCAAAUCCAGUGGAUAUCAGUUACUGAAGAACAUAACUGGGUAUAUGAAAGAGCUGCCCCCAAAACGUGCACCAAAUUUUACUGUAGAAGAAACAUCUUCAGAUUCUAUAUUGGUAAAAUGGGAAGACAUUCCUAUUGAGGAUUGUCAGGGGUUUCUAGAGGGAUAUCGGCUUUCCUUUGCAAAAGGUGAAAAAGAUGCUUUAAAGCCUAGGCUUUCAGAAUCAGGGAAUCCAGAACUUAAAGUUAAGAAUAUCACUGACUUAACAAAAAAGUCUUUGAGAAUACUUGAUCUUCAAGGCAAAACAAGCUACCAGCUGGACCUACAAGCCUACACUGCUGGCGGGAUGAGCCCUCCAAAUAGCCUCUAUGUGGUGACAAAGGAGGAUUCUGUGGGAUUAAUCAUUGCAAUUCUCAUCCCAGUGGCAGUGGUUGUUCUGCUUGGAGUAGUGGCCAGCAUCUUUUGCUACAGAAAGAGGGAAUGGAUUAAGGAAACAUUUUAUCCAGAGAUCCCGAAUCCUGAGAACAGCAAGGCACUGCAGUUUCAGAAGAGCAUCUGUGAAGGGAAUAAGACGCUUAAAACACUGGAAAUGAACCCCUGCACCCCCAAUAGUGUUGAAGUGGUGGAAACACGGUCUGCAGCUCCCAAGAUAGAAGACACAGAGAUGGUAUCCCCAGCAGCAGACACUGCUGCGCCCGAGGAUGGCUCUGACUCAGAAAAUGAGAACCAUGUAGUUGUGUCCUACUGCCCCCCUAUCAUUGAAGAGGAGAUCUCCAAUCCCCCUAUGGAUGAACCUGUGGGGUCAUCUCAGGUCAUUUACAUUGACAUCCAGUCAAUGUAUCAGCCUCAAAUUAAACCAGAGGAGGAGCCAGAAAUAGACUUAGUGACUACAGCAGGCUAUAAGCCACAAAUGCAGCUGCCUAUCAGUGCUCUGAAAAUAGAGUCUCGCUCAGCUACAGAGGAAGAAUCAGAUAAAACUGCAGGUUACAGACCUCAAGCAAACACAAAUGCCUGGAACGUGGACGCUCCAGACUCGCCUGGAUCAGUUGAAAGCAACAAUGAAAAUGCAUCUUUUGGUAGCCCGUGCUCCAUUAACUCCCGACAGUUUUUGAUCCCCCCAAAGGAUGAUGAAGAUUCUCCCAAACCCAGUAACGCAGGGUGGUCCUUUACACACUUUUUUCAGAACAAACCAAAUGAUUAACAGUGAGUCCUCAUUGCACCCGAACCUGCCUUCUAAAUAAGCUCUUAUUCCUGAUGUUGUAAAAAAAAAGGAGGAAGAAAAGUGCAAAAGGCACGAAUUAUUCUUGGAAACAGUCAGCAGAGGUUCAAGUGAGCUGAAUGUUACCAUGUUUAAGUUAGUGAAAAUGUUAAUGUUCCAUUUUAAUAGAGACUAAAAGGCCAAAGUUAUAGCCAUUUAGUUAUUAUUCUAGUAAAAUGUAUUGGAUGUAAGGGUAUUGAGUUUAGAUCUCCUGAUAGUCAUAGUCAAAGAGCUCUGCCUACCCUCACAUAGUGUUCCAAAAAUCAAUAUGGUCUCAUACAACUUAUAACUUAGAAAGGUUGCUUAGCUUUGUUGUAGGUGUUCUUGACUGUGCGUACUCAAAAGAUGUAGCCCAAACAGGCUUACGAGCGAAAGGUUUAAUUUAUCACAAACCUCAGCCUAACACGUAGAAACAACAUGGUUGGAAACUCUUGAGAUCUUCUUUAAUCUAGUCAUAAACUAAGAACAAAUCAAAGUGCUUUUUUUUUUGGUCCCAUUUGGAAGGGUAUUGUCACUGUUUAACACUUCUUAAGCAAUGGCCGUUCAGACCUGUUGCUUUUUAACUAGACACUAGUUUCUGUACCUACUGUACAAUGUUUGUUCAAUGUUUGACUCAGGGGUACAAACUUGGAAAAAAAAGCCUAACACUGAUUUAAAUGUCAAUGAGAACUGCGUCAAGUUUAAAAGUUUUUUUUUUUUUAAUCCUUAGAAUGCUCUAUAUUUUUUCUAUCCUUUGGUUAAGGAGUAAAUAUUUCCUAAUGUAUUGCACUAAUGCAUUUUGUAUUUUUGUAGCUUCAGCUCCAGAUCUCUUGUCUCAAAGUGGUACAAUAUUCCAUUCUCCCACAGUGCUCAUCAGUCUUCAGUUGUACUCCACACCGAUGUAAGCCAUGGGGAAGUCUACAUCUACUAACAUUAGCUGACCAAGCAGUUUGGCGCCAGAAAUUAGAGACAGUAAUGUUAGCUCUGUGAGAACAAAUUACUCCUAGGAUUGUCUUUACUGUAUUAGCUUUGCCACCUGCUGCCUGGUUGUUCUCCACAGCAUCUACCGAACAGGGCCCUCUCAACAAAUCCUCCCUGGGAGUACUAGGUGGGAUUUUUUUUUCUGCUGGCAGGGAGAAACCUUAGGAGGUUUUGGUGCCACUAAUUCUACCUCUCCUUUACCAGACAUGUGAUACAAAGAGAGCUUAGAUGAUGUAAAUUUGUGUGGUUACAGAACUGCUCAGAACAAUCGUCUUUGAAAACUUUUGUUUUCACAUGCGCACCUCCAGGCAGCUCUGAUUGUAACAUUUCACUGUGUAAACUUCAGACUCUGGCACACACGAACAAGUUUCGCUAGCUUGCACAAGAAAGUGCUUUCUAAUUUGCCUUUUCCUUACUGUAAAACACAGUCGUGAGAGGUCAUAUGUUAAGGCAUUUGAUCGAAGAGGGGCUCCAUAAAGUCCUAACUGAAUUUUUUUCUUUUAAUUUUGAUUUCUGUAACUGGCUUGUGGCUUCUUGAAUUAAUAAGAUGGAAGAAUGGAUUUCUAAAGAAGAUCCUGAGACAGAUAGGGAGGCAGAAUUUGCUAAGCUACUCAUUCUAAAGGAGUGAGAACAGACCAGGAAGACUGCUAGCUUGAUAGAUAUUUGGU